GUGACGUCACGGCCGGCGGCGGCGGGCGCUCCGUGAGGUCACGGCGCGGCCCGGCCCAGCGGCCCCGCCGGCGGGGAGCGGCGGGAGCAUGGCCGAACCCGGGGCGGGGGACGCGGCGGAGGCGCCGCCGCCGCGGGUGGGCGCGUGGGUGCCGGUGCUGGUGGAGCAGAUGGUGAACGACACGCUGGUGGUGACGCUGAGCUGCGGGGAGCGGCGCUUCACCGGCGUGCUGCUGGACUGCUCCAAGAGCUGUGGGGAGCUGAGCAGGAGGAAGUUCUGCCACCCUGAGCACCCAGGGCACCCCAGUCCAGCCAGGUCCCAGCUGGAUGCCUCUGUUAUUUUGCCACAAAGGUCUGGAUUGUUCUGUCUGCCGUCCUCCUUCCCCAGGCACGAGGACCCUCCCGCCUGCGCCAAGGGAGCCGCGCAGGGCGAGCAGGAGCCGCGGCCCGCUGGCCCCCAGCCCGCCAAGGGCAGCGCCGAGGAGCCGCUGCCGCCGCUGCUGCCCGCGCCGGGCGCCCUCCCGCCCUACCCGCCCUACUUCGAGGGAGCCCCGUUCCCCCGGCCCCUGUGGCUGCGGCACACCUACAACCAGUGGGUCCCGCAGCCGCCCCCGCGGACUAUAAAGAGGACGAGGAGGCGUUUGUCGCGCAACAGGGACCCGGGCAGGCUCAUCAUGAGCACCAUCAGGCUGCGGCCCAGGCAGGUGCUCUGCGAGAAGUGCAAGAACACGCUGAACCCCGAGGACGCCGGCGCGCCGCGGCAGAACUCCAAGACCAGGAGGAAGCUGAGCGUUCAGGACAAGGAGCAGAAAAAGCACGGCGACUCCGACUACGUGGAGAAAAGGAACAAAAGAGAGAAGAGGGAGGAUGACAAGUUUUCUGGGGAACUGGUGCACCGAACACCAGUUAUAAAAAUAUCCUACAGUACUCCACAAGGGAAAGGUGAAGUGGUAAAAAUCCCUUCCCGGGUUCAUGGCUCGGUCAAACCGUUCUGCCCGGAGCGGGUGUUGCAGAACGGAGCCGGGGACCAAGAGGAGACCAGGGACUCUGAACGGUGUCGACAAACCAAAUGUUUAAUGGACAAGUCAGCAGGCAGCCAGCUUGCUUCCAUUCCAAAACUGAAGCUCACAAGGCCAGUGCAUUCCAGUGUGGAUGUCCCACCCCCAAAGAUACGGCUGAAGCCCCAUCGCAUCAACGAUGGCCAGAGCGUUUCAAUUUAUAAGGCAGAACUGAUUGACGAAAUCAACGUCCUCCAGAACAGCGGGGACUCCAAUCCCGGAGCGUUUUACAACGAUGAGUCCACCGACAGAAGUUUGGCUGAGAUAUCUUCAGGCAGUUCAGGUGAAGAUGAUGACUUUAAAAGGUUUCCCCAGGGUAAAGAUGGACACGAUAACUUGGCUUUCCUCAUGAACUACCGUAAAAGAAAAGCAGAUUCUUCUAGUUUAUCGGUGUGUAGCAAUGACAGUCUAGAUGAAUCCAAGUCUUCUAGUUCAGAAGUGACAUCACCAGAACUGUGUGACUUUUUGCCUGGUGAUGAUGCCUCCGUCUCUUCAUCUUCAAAAGAUGAGCGUAAAAUUGUGCCGCCGCUGACAGUCAGACUGCACACCCAGAGUGUGUCCAAAUGUGUUACAGAAGAUGGAAGGACUGUUUCAGUGGGGGAUAUUGUCUGGGGUAAAAUUCACGGGUUUCCAUGGUGGCCAGCACGUGUUCUUGACAUAAACCUCAGCCAGAAGGAAAACGGGGAGCCUUCGUGGCGAGAAGCUAAAGUGUCGUGGUUUGGUUCUCCGACAACUUCGUUCUUAUCUGUUUCAAAACUCUCUCCUUUCUCGGAAUUUUUCAAACUGAGAUUUAAUCGCAAGAAGAAAGGGAUGUACCGGAAAGCGAUCACGGAAGCUGCAAAGGCAGUCGAGCACCUGACUCCAGAAAUACGAGAUCUCUUAACACAGUUUGAGACAUAACUUUGCCUCCAGUAUCAGAUGCUUCAGUCCACUAAAACCAGGCAUCCAGCUUAAUGAGUGUUUCGCAGUCUUCCUGCAAACAGCUGGGAGUCAGCGUCUCUGCAUGCUAAUGCAAGGUGGGAGAACGAGUCCAGAACAGACUGUGCUGCAUUUCUGCACACCCAGCACUGGUGGUUGGAGCUGCAGCCAGGCAAUGUCCUGCUGAUCUUCCCAUCCCAAAGGCACCUGCCCACCGUGCCCAGGGACUGCCUUUGGAGACACGUGGGUCUGUGCCAGCCGUGCCCCUCUCCGUGCCCCCUGUGCCCCUGGAAAUGCCACCAGGUCACCCAUUGUGCCAUUUCUGAUGGCCCCUGCCAUUGGCUUUCAGGAGCUGCAGCUGCUGGAGGAGACUCUGUCCACCCAGGGGCUGCUCCAGGGCUGGGGGGCUCCAGCUGGAGUGUGCCACACUGGGCAGGACAGUGGGUGUCCCCAGCAGUGUCACCAGCCCACAGUGCACCCUGAGCCUGUAGCAGCCACACGGGAUCAGGGCAGGAAAUGGGAGAAAUGUGUGGACAAACCACCUGGAAACUGGUUUCUCUGAAAACGUUUACAAAUAAAGUAAAACCAAAAUUUCUGAAUUGUGUUUAUUUACUUGUUUGGUUUUGACCUCAAGUGGAGGUGUCUGAACUGCAGGUACAAUGGUCCUUGUCCCAGCAAGCAGGGAGAGCAGCAGGGUGGGAGCCAGGGGCACCCAGGGGAGUUCUCUGGCCUCCCAGCUGGGGCUCGGAGCUUGGCAGGUAUUGGUAC